GGUUCCGGCUUUCGGCACCCUAGGUAGGACGUGCUGCACUCUUUGCUUUGCUGUUUGAGAGGACCUCUUCAAAUUAAUUCACUAUGGCUUUGCAACGCCUGAAACAGCUUUCUUCCCAUCUUACGGGUUCCUCAGCCACGGGCUUGACUGCUUUGGAGCAGAAACAUCCAGAUGACGUGGUCAUAACAAUGGCCAUCCGUUCUCCGUUGACCAAAGCGAAGAAGGGUGCUCUGAAAGACAUGAUGACGGAUGAGCUUUUGCUGGAGAUGUUCAAGCAAGCAAUAGCUCAGUCUCAUGUCGAUCCGAAUACCGUUGGUGACAUCUGCGUGGGCACAGUACUCGCUCCAGACCCAGUCUAUCAUGCUAGAGGAGCCGCGCUGGCAGCGGGUUUCCCGGAAACUGUACCAGUUCAAGUUGUCAACCGCUUUUGCUCUAGUGGCCUCAUGGCCGCAACUGUCAUCUCAAAUCAAAUCCGCUCUGGCCAGAUUGAAAUUGGACUUGCUGUCGGCGCUGAGUCCAUGUCCCAAAACCCUGACAAAGGUGCUCCACCUCAGUCCGAAGCUCUUGGGGCAAAUGCUGCCGCUAAGGAUUGUCUUUAUCCCAUGGGUUGGUCCAGCGAGAAUGUCGCUCAAGAUUUUGAUAUUUCGCGGGAGAUUAUGGACGAGUUCUCGGCGAAAUCUUUUCAACGGGCUGAACACGCUGAGAAAUCCGGUUACUUCGCGAAGGAGAUUGUUCCAUUCACUGUGUACCAGAAAGAUCUUACCACUGGUGAACGGAAAAUGGUUGUGGUAACAAAGGACGAUGGUAUCCGUUACGGGACGACGAAAGAGGCACUUCUGAAGAUACGGUCAGCAUUCCCUCAAUGGGGCAAAGCAUGCACGACGGGUGGGAACGCAAGCCAAAUCACUGAUGGCGCAGCAGCAAUCAUGAUGAUGACUAGGCGCAAGGCAGAGGAGCUUGGACUUAAAAUUCUGGGCAAGCAUGUCAGUACCGCUGUUGCAGGCUGCCCUCCUCGUGUGAUGGGCAUUGGCCCUGUGUACGCCAUCCCCAUGGUUCUUCGAAACGCCGGGUUGAGUACAGAAGACGUUGACCUGUAUGAAAUUAAUGAAGCAUUUGCUUCGCAGUACGUCUACUGCAUCCGGGAGCUCGGUCUAAACCCGGAGAAAGUGAACGUUAACGGAGGCGCUAUAGCCUUUGGCCACCCAUUAGGGUGCACCGGAGCGAGACAGAUUGUUACGGGAUUAAAUGAGCUCCACCGGAGAAAGGGAAAGGUGUUGGUCACUUCUAUGUGUAUCGGGACUGGAAUGGGUGCAGCGGCAGUCUUUGUCCGGGAGUGAAGAGAUGGAUAUUUUUACCGUUAACUUUGUAUUUUGAGACCAUGGUAUCCAGAUACUUAAGCUUAGCCGUGAUGCCGUUUUGUAAAUUGGUGGUCCGACGAAUACACAAUUGCUUCUGUUCCC